GGCUAGUUCAACAUGGCUUUAAACCUGAGAAGCCGAGUGUGGUGAUGUGCAACGCUGGAGUGCAGGCUUGCAUGCUCGCAUAUGCAAUUCACAGCGUAUUUCCAAAUAGCCCAAUCCAAGUGUACAAUGGAUCGAUGGGAGAGAUGAAAGUACGUAAUCCCAAGAGAAUAUCGGCUGUUAUGGAAAACGUUUGAAA